CCAAAGCAAACGGCUCAUCAUAAAUACUCUCAUUCUUUCUUCUUCCCUCUAGCCGUACCGUAUCGAAAUCAUCUUCUUCCUCUGAUCUUGGUCUUUCUCUUUAGAAAAAAAAAAGUUUUUUUGUAAAGAGAGAGUAAACGGGAAAGAAAAGGAAUGAGGAUGAGCUGUAAUGGAUGUAGAGUUCUGAGAAAAGGAUGUACUGAGAACUGCAGUAUAAGGCCAUGUCUCCAAUGGAUCAAAUCCGCCGAAGCUCAGGCCAACGCCACCGUCUUUCUCGCUAAGUUCUACGGCCGUGCCGGCCUCCUCAACCUCAUCAACGCAGGUCCCGACCAUCUCCGACCUGAGGUUUUUAGGUCGUUGCUGUACGAAGCAUGCGGAAGGAUUGUGAAUCCCAUCAAUGGAUCCGUCGGGUUGUUAUGGUCGGGAAACUGGCACAUGUGCCAAGCCGCCGUUGAGGCGGGGAUGAAGGGCUCUCCUGUCACGGUGAUGAUCGCCUCCGACGCGGUGGCGACCGUCCAUGUUCCUCCGCUUAAGGUAUACGACAUCCGGCACGUGACCAGAGACGAGAGUUCCGGCGGCGGAAGCGAUGGCCACGGCGGACGGCACGUUAAGAGCCGGUGUCGGUCCAAGAGAAUCUCCGAGAUUGCGCAGCCGCGGACGCACGACGCAGCGGAGGAGACGCUGUUUCCGGCCCCUGAUGCGGUGGAGUGGGGCCGUGCAUGUGACCGGUCGACGAGUCACGACUCAUCGCUUAGUCACCAGUCCGAGUUGCUUGCGGCGGCGGAAGGCGGCGGAGACAGCAAAGACGAGGAGAGUAUGGCGUCGGAGGAGACGGCACAGCUGUUGGCUGUCAGCCGUCCGGCGGUAGACGGGAUUGGGCUUGAGCUGAAACUGGGGCCGGAGUCCGUGUCACGUGCGAACCACGUGAAGAAGAGGAAGGUGGAGAGCAGUGGCACGUGUGAGGAGGGUGGCACGUGUAGGAUAGAACUUGGAAUCGAUUUCGUGUAAAGGAAAGGGGAAGUGAGAAUAGAGAAGUGAAAACUGCGUUUGCGGUUAAAACGCAACUCUUUCGGGUCGUGGCGUUUGUGAAUGUUUUGGUGCUCACAUAGGACUGACUGUAGGCUCUUUUGUUCAUUAGUUCUCAAUUUGCUUCCUACUUGGGGCUUUUAAGGAUUUUUGCUUUUAUCAAUUUGGUUUUUCGAUAA